AUGGCGCAGCCAGACGUGAUGCUGCCAUGCAGCGUGAAGGGGCGGGCAGCUGGGAAAGAAGAAGAAGAUGACCCCAACGAGCGGAGCACCUGCGACCCCGAAUCGCCACAUUCAAGCAGCGGCUUCGGCACCUUGCCGGCAGAGCAGGAGACGCUUGAGGAGGAGGAUGCACAGGAGGAGGAGGCCGUGAAUGUCAGGCCGGCGCCGGGGCUGAGCCUGACCAAGGAGCGGGCCAUGGCGCUGCAGGUGGAAUUGAUGGCCCAAUACAGUGCGCCAACCUUUCAGAACCAGCUCCAUGCACUUACCCGCACGCAUGAGCCCGGUAGCAGCAAAUUUCGGUCGGGUCUGUGCAAGUUGGUGCGUCGUGUCCAGCUCGACGUCAUCCCCAGGUACGGCUUCAGCGCAUCUGAUGAAGGAGUCGAGAGCAUGCUGGUCCUCUUCCGAUCGCUGGCGAAGGAUCCCGACAUUGAGGUCAAUGGUGUUGUCAUCAAUGACCUGCUGCAGGUGAAGCUUCCACCCAUGGAGACAAAUCACAGCAACAGGAUCAUCGAGAAACCUUUGUCCAAGUAUCGUCUCCUAGACAUGCUGCGUUGCCAACUCAUCGAGUUCAGCCAAGUCAAAUUCCAGAUGGAUGUGAAGGAACUGAAGAAGUGUGCCGACUACAACUCCGGCCGCGUCUUCGACCCAGCCAAGCCACUGGAGCGAGCCUUUGAAGACCCGGAGGGCUAUUUCCAUCUCGAAGGCCGAGCAGACCUGGCUCUCACGGUUCACAAAUUCCUGCUGCCUCGGCAUGGGUUCGAACCCUCCAAGGAAGGCGUGAAGGACAUGAUCCGCCACUGCGCUCCUUUUGUGCAGGACCCUGAGGUGGCGAAUCUCUUGGACCGCGUGAACGAGAAGUUGGGCAUGUCGGCCGCCGCCUGUCGACGACAAGUCAUCCUCGCAACCUCGCAGAUCUUCGUGGUGCACGGCGGGCUCUUCCGCAUCCCGGAGGUCACGCUAGAGCGGCUGCGCACGUUGCCGUACCGGCGGCCCUACCCCCUCGGCCUCAGCGAGGAGGAGCGUGCCAGCGGCAAAGACUGGACUGAGGAUGAAAAGAUCCUUUUCGACGCGCAGUGGGCCGACCCGGUGGACACGCUGGGCAACACCCGGUCCUCCCGCGGGAGCAUGGUGAUGAACUUCGGCCCGGACGUCACGCGAAAGUUCCUUCAGGACAACGGACUCGCGCUGUGCAUCCGCUCACAUCAGGUCCCGCGGACCCUGCAGGGCUUCGAGCUGCAGCACGACGGUCGUCUUCUCACUGUCUUCAGCGCCUCCAACUAUGGCGGGCGCAUGGCUAACACAGGCGCCGUGGCCGUGCUUCGCCGUGGCCCCGCGGCCGAGCGGAAGGCGGAUCUGUCCUUGAGGUUUCCAUGCGGCCUACGCUUGGAGUGUACGGAGCACGAGUUCCCCCAGUCCUCCGCCGCUACCUCGGCCGCAGCCUCGGCGGCAGCAGGCCUCGAGCGAUUCGACGCCGGCGCUGCCGAGGACGCUGCUCUGCAGGAUGCGCUGGCGCUGAUCUGCUUUGAACGCGACGCCAUUCUGGAGCGCUGCGCAAGCGCGGAUCCCGCGCAGACGGGCACCAUCGAUUUCGAGAUUUUCCAGCAGGCUCUGCAUGAGCUCUGCAGCCCAAAAGUGUCCUGGCAGCGCGUGUUCUUUCCCAAGCGCGCGGUACCCGCGCGGGUGGCCUAUGCCCAGCUCCUGGCGUCGGUGAAGGUGGAGUGGAACGCGCUCCAACCUGCAGCCCUGACCCGGCUCGUCCGCGCCAUGCUCUUGGGCGAGAUCCACCUUGCAGGCCUGCACGCAAUCUUCGACCUCAGCCAAGAUGGCCUUGUGUCGGUGCAGGAGCUGCAGCAAGCCCUGAAGCUGCUGCUGCCACAGCUUUCUGAAGACCAGGCAGCGGAGGUGAGUCGCCUUAUUGAUCCGGAGAUGACGGAGCUAAGAUUUGGCACCGUCGUGGACCGCUUGCUCGGCUUCGUCCCGCCUCUGGACUUGGUGGAGCAGUCGCUUGCCGAGGAGCUCUCGGACCUGCGCGAGUUCUGUGCCUAG